GACACGCCGGUACAUUGGUUGCUAGCAGGACAGCAAACUCUUUUGCUUCCCCCACUUCGUCUCUUUCUCCAACAACCUACAGAGAGCCUCAGCAAAAUGAAGCAAAAGAUCGUGAUCAAGGUGCAGAUGAGCUGCGACAAGUGCCGGUCCAAGGCCCUGGCCGUGGUGGCGGCCACGGGCGGCGUCGACUCCGUGGCGAUCGACGGCGAAGGCAGGGACAAGGUCGUCGUCGUGGGCGACGUCGACUCCGUCAAGCUCACCAGCGCGCUGCGCAAGAAGGUAGGGCCCGCGCACCUGCUGCAGGUCGGCGAGGCCAAGAAGGACGACAAGACGAAGCCGCCGGCCGCCGUCGUGCCCGCUUAUUAUUACCCGCCGCCGCACCCGGUCACCGUCGUCUACGACCACCCUGCCGGCUACUCGUGGUACGGCUACCAGGCGCAGCAAGACACCAGCUGCUCCAUAAUGUAGAGACAAAGUAGACGACAGACCAUGCAUAUACGUAUGUACGGUCGUACGGAUAGUAUAUUUUUUUAGUUUGCUGCACUACUCUUAUAUAUUUGUAUACGGCUGGACUGUGUGCAACUCCUGGUUUUCCUUGCACUGUGUUGAAGUGGACACCAUAUUUUAGAAAUGUAAUAUGAAGCCCUAGGAUUUUUUUAUGAGAAACAACCACACAUAAUAUUAUAUUAGCAAAUAUGCUUGUGCACUAUGCA